AUGGAUUAUGACUAUAUGUCUUUUCAUAGAGAAAAAGAUGUUCAUAAUAAAUGUUAUGGUGGAAGAUUAUGGUGUAUAAAAGUAUGUACAAAUAUUUUAUUAAAUAAUUAAAAUAUACUGUGUUAAUAUUGUUUAAAUAAUCUUUAAUUGAUAUAUUUCAGGACAUAUGUGGGAUUAUAUGUGCAAUAUUAACAUGGUUGUUAAUAAUUUAUGCAGAAUUUGUAGUAAUGGCAGUUAUUCUUAUUCCCACAAUAAAUACCUUAUAUUCCAGUUUAAACACUGCAAUAUUUCAGUCAUUAACUUUUUUAGCCUUCGCAUCUCACUUAAGAACAAUGUUCACAGAUCCAGGUGCUGUUAUGAAAGGAAAUGCUACAAAGGAAAUGAUCGAACAAAUGGGAUUUAGAGAUGGACAAGUCAUAUUUAAAUGUCCCAAAUGUUGUUCCAUUAAGCCCGAUAGAGCACAUCACUGUUCUGUUUGCCAAAGUUCUAUAUAGCAGCAAUGUCAUUGCAUUCUUUAUUCUUGUGUAUACAACAAUUUACUACAUGUAUAAGACAAGAAUGGAAAGAAUGUUCUACUUUUAGUCCACCUGCAACAGUGGUACUAUUACUUUUUUUGGCUUUUGAAGCCCUCUUAUUUGCCAUUUUCACAGCUGUGAUGUUGGGAACACAGUUGCAAGCAAUUUGGAAUGAUGAAACUGGUAUUGAGCAACUUAAAAAGGAAGAAGCCAGGUGGGUUCGUAAUAGUAGAUGGAAAUCUAUUCAAGCUGUGUUUGGAAGAUUUUCAAUUGCUUGGUUUUCUCCCUUUACUUCUCCCCCAAAGGGAAAGACAAAACAAGAUUCUUACUUAUAUUCCGUAUAAUAUGUUAUGAUACGUGGUUACAUCCCAGGGAUAUUUAAUACUUGUAAUUGUAAUAUAACUGUGACGUAUCAUGAAUUCAUGUAUAAGCGAAUAGAAUGUUUGUAAUCUUAUAUUGUUACCUAACAUUCUUAUUUUAUUGCGAGCAUUUGUAAGAGAGACUUAAACAAACCAACGUUUAACAUAUAUAUCUGUAAACUUGUAAGCAUACGAAAAAAAAGCAUGCUUCUUGUAAAGCUUCUUGCAUUAAAACAUUGGAAUCAUUGAUCGUGAUAGUGACAGCGCCAAGUUACUUUUUAUCCAUUGAUAUUUACUCAUACAAUACUGGGACUUACUAGUUUAUCGUACUAGUAUAAUUUAUAUCGUGAACUAUGCGACUGUGUAUUAUAUAUAAGAAGUAAUAUACGGAACAUUAAGUUGUUAUGAUGAAUUUUAAGAGAAUCGAUGUUUUGCACUAUUUUAGAGGAUAUAUAUUGCACAUUGUGAUAAUAGCGUACAACGUUUACGAACAAUUCAGUUUAUUCGUUUUGUUCCGCAUUUUGAAUGUUCAAAUCGCGUCUGGUGAUGUGUGACGGCAACAAAAACGAAAUUUUAUAAAAAUACGUUUUCUUUAUUUCGAUUAACAUAUCGUAGUUUAAUUACAUUUUUUUAUUCUUUGAUAUUGUAUUCCUACAACGAUACCUGAUUUUUUUGUACAGUUUGUACAAAUACAGUUUCUUACAUUUACCAGCGCAACUAUUUUAUUUUAAGAAAUUAAUUCACAAAAGAAUACAUUCAACGCCAAUGGCGAAAUCCGUGAUGAUUGCAUGUUUCCCAAUUUUGUCAGCUUCCGUUUCUGCAGACCUCGAGGUUGCUCUUGGUCUUCAGGGUGGGGGCGCUUGGCAGUGGCAAGGUUGUUAAAUGUGUGUGCAGGUAGAGGAAACGUCUGUCUGCACACUGUUGUGUACGAUCGUCAGAGCGGCUUUCACUUUUGCUACGAUCACGUUCGAGCUUUCUUGUUCUGAUUUUCCUGGCAUUAAGUGGAAUGGCUUACGACCCGAACGACAAAUCGCUGAAGGACAUUCUGUUACCGGAAGGACAAUUCGAGGCAUUCUACUUGAAAGGAUCGCAGGAGGAGGAGCAGAAUGCCGUGAGGCCUCCGCAUCUGCAUGGCUCGUUUCAUCAGUACAAGAAUCCCGCCCUGGUUAGCGCGCCGAACAGCGCUGCAUACGGUUUUCGUUUCGAUGGAAAGCGCCGUUUCAAUUACAAUUAAGUGGAUCUAUCGAGUUCAAAUCUUCACAGAAUUCAUAACGUUCCGUACUAUGGCUUUAUUACCAUUUAGUAUUAUGCAUUAGAGAGGCGUUUUACUCAGCUGCAACGAGAUCAAGUUUCUCGAUCAGAUCCCACGUUUUUUUUUUUUUCU